AUCGUCAGAUGACGUAUACAAAGGCGUCGUCACGGCCUGUGCCCUAACAGGUCCUGAAGGCUGCGCGUUCGCAUCCGCCGGAGAUGUCCAUGACCGUGUUCAAGCUAUGCUCAAGGCGGCGCAUGAUGCUCAAGGCGACACAUGAUGCUCAAAGUGCUAACGCGUCCGUUCGUCAGACGUCAGGACAAAUGAACACUUAAGCCUUCUAGCCCAACAUGUACACUAUGACCACGUGGCCUAAGUACAUGAACGUCAUCCAUCCCCAGGCGGAGCAAUUCGUGCUUUCCGAAUCUCAGAGUAUCCCUACUUCCACGAAGCAGUCAGGGACGUUUAGCGUUUUCAAGCGAGUCAAGGAACGUCACAUACACCACGCAAGCAAUCAUGUGCAGUGACGCCGCCGACGCGACCGCCAACGAUACCAUGCAGAACGUGCUCAAGAUUAUUGUCUCGACGUCGCAGAACGAAUCUCAUAUGUACGCUGCGCAGUGGCCUGCAACCACAUUCGCUUGCUCCUUCUGGCCAGGGCGCGCUGUCGAGCGAUGCACAGGCCCUUUCAACAAGACCCUUGCCAACAGCAUUCUCGUGAUCGGAAACACGUACGACCCGGCAAUCCCUUUCCACGGCGCGAAGACAGUGGCAGACGGUGUUGGAGACCAGGCAGCUCUAUUUAGAUUAGACUUUAUCGGCCACACCUCUCAAACUGCCCCUGGCGGAUCUUCCUGUCUCAAUGACGACAUUCUGGCGUAUUCCACUAGCAGCACGGUAAGCAUCACCCUCGAGCUCCCUUAG